UGAAGUAGAAAUAAUCUACUGUAGGCUUGUUAAAGAUGGAAUUCCAACUGACUAUUUUAUUGGUUUAGAAGACUUGGAGCAUGCCCAUAGCCAGGGUGUUUACGAUGCUAUUAAUUUAGCCAUGACCAAGUUUGGUUGUCCUGACUGGUUAGAUAAAGUCAUUGGUGUAGGGUGUGAUGGGGCAGCAGUAAAUAUUGGUAAUAAGAAUAGUGUGAAAACAAGAUUACUUCAGGAGUGUCCACAUCUUGUUGUUACGCAUUGUGUAGCGCACCGGCUCGAACUCGGUGUAUUAAAUGCUAUUAAAGAGAAUGAAAUGCUAACGACUGUUAAGGAUAUGUUGCUGAAAGUGCACAAGCACUACCAUUAUUCCCCCAAAGCAUUGAGAGAGCUGAGGGCCAUUGCAAAUGCCAUGGAUGAGCGUUGCAUUAAGCCCAAACGCCUGCAAGGUACAAGGUGGCUGCCGCAUAUUAUGAAGGCAUCAAAAGCACUAAUGGAUGGCUACGUUCCUGUGAGGGCUCACUUCGAGCAUGUGUCGCAAGCAGGUCCAAACCAAGCCACGGCAGAAGUCAAGGGGAGAGCUACCUACUUGGCCAACAAGCUCAAAGACUACAGGGUACUACGGUUUAUGGUAUUUCUGGAAGAUCUGCUGGAAAUUGUCAGUGCCCUCAGCCUGAAAUUCCAGUCCAGUUGUCUCACUUCCGUCGACUACCUUGAUGCUCUGGAAACUGCCAACCUCAUGCUGGUUCAGCUCCGCCAACAGCCAGGUGACCACUACAAUGCCUUCACUGCAAAUAUUGUGCAGUCUGGUGAUGGGGACUGGGAGUACAAAGGCCACAAGCUGCUUCACUACCAGCCACAUGCCUACAACUUCGACAACACCAUCGAUGCAGUCAUGGAGAGGAUGAAUGGUAGGUUACAGAAUCAAGACCCUAUCCUCAGCCAAGCUCGAGUAUUUGAUUGUAAAGACUGGCCACGUGACAGACAGGAGCUUGCCGUGUAUGGUAAUGAACAAGUGGCAGCACUGACCAGGCACUUUUCCACUGUGCUCACUAAGCGUCAGUGCGAUAUUGCUGCAAUAGCAAACGAAUGGACACAGGUGAAAGCUCACUUGGGAAGAAGGAUGGCUAACAAUCCCAGAGUUCUGCCAUCCAUCUCAGUGAUCUUCCCAUUGGGUGAAAUGUGCAGCAAUCUGCUCCAUCUCGUGGAAAUUAUACUCACUAUUCCUGUCUCGACAGCUGUGUGUGAAAGGGGGUUUUCCGCUGUGAAGAGAAUUAAGUCCGAUUGGAGAGCCAGCCUCACAACCGAAACGAUGACGCGUCUGUUAGGGGUGUCCAUGGAAGGCCCUACUUUGGAUGCCUAUGACGCUGGAAAAGCUAUGGAUCUUUGGUGGACCAGGGCUCAGCGGUCAAGACGCCCCCAGUUCCAUGACGCUGAUGAUGAUGAUGAUGAUGAUGAUAAUGAUCUCUGGUGAUGUUAGCUGCCAAGUUUGCUACACGUAAUACAGCUUGUUGCAUUCCUACAUAUCACGUCUGUUUAGUUAACCUGAAUUUACCUGACUCACCCAUCACCUAUAUUGAUGUGAUGAAAUAAACCAUAUUUCUGUGUAGUAUUACUCACUUUGUUUGCCUUCUUAUUUGAUGAUACAACAAAAUAAACGUCGUGUAAAUUUCAUUAUGAAUUUCCACGUAUAUACUGUAAUACGAUAUGCACUGACCCAAAAAUGGACCUUGCAAGUAUGCAAAAAAUGCAAGUAAAUUUCGGACAAGUAAAAUCAAAAUUCGGACAAGUAAAAAUUGCUUCUUGUUGCCCGACAGGACAACCAGAUAUGAAAAUAAGUGUCGAGGGCUGCCAUGUAUAUAAACAUUUACUCCCUAUCCCAUAUGAAGUGUUGAUAAAACGAAUGUUGCCUUGGUGACUCUACCUUGUAAAUCUUUGCCUUGGUAGCCAUUCAAUUUGCCUUACCUUAGAGAAAAACAUUAGUUUGACCCCUGCUACAUGCAAAUUGCACACACCUGUUA